AUGGCGCUCGUGCACUUAUCAUCGUCGUUACGUGCAGUGCACAGUUUUACAAGCAAAGCAAGUCUUUGCUUUCUCAGACCUUUGACUAAUUUAAAUCGGAAUCUACAAAAAACUGAUCUUCCUAAACCACCAAAAAGGCCAGUCAGUUCCUUUUUCGAGUUCAUGUUGAACAAUCGACAAGAUAUUAUAACAAAUAAUCCAGGUAUUUCGACUAAAGAUGUUGUACGCAGAUCUGCAGAAAUGUAUAAGAACCUCUCGGACGGUGAUAGAAAGGUUCUUCAAGAUCGAGCCGGGGAAAGAAUGCAACAAUAUAAGCAACAGUAUAAAGCCUUCAAGAAUGCCCUAACACCAGAACAGUUGACUGCAAUGAAGGAAAAUCGCAUUAAAAAAAGAGAAAUCAGGACAAAAAGAAAGAAAAAAGAGGUUGAACGUAAAUAUGGCCGUCCUAAGCGUCCAAUGAAUGCCUAUGCCAUCUUCACUCGGGCAUAUAAGGUGGAACGAGGGAAUAUGCCUUUUGUGGAAUUUUCUAAAAAACUUUCCAGUAUGUGGAAAAAUAUGCCCGAAGAUGAAAAAGCGAUUUAUAUUGAAGAAGCUCGACUGGAAAGGGAAAGGUAUGCUGAAGAAAUUAUUGACUGGGAAGAACUGAUGCUUGAACGAGCUCUUUAUUUGUUUUCAUUAGCUGUUAAUGUAACUUGUGACAUAAGUAAACUUCAUUGA